CAUAAUAACACUUAGCAGUCAGUUAACGACGCUAGGUCAGCGCUAACGGAUGUGUCCUGCUUGAGUAGAGGAGAAGGCAAGAAACGUCAGACAAAAAAAAUAACGAAAUAACGCGAGAGCGAAAAACAAUCUCAUUGGCGGAAGGAAGUGUUAGUAGGCCGUGUGCGUCGUGUUGUGUUGCGUUCUGUCACGAAGAGAUCGCGCGCGCCUGGACCUCACGCAAAAGGAUAGGAUAGUUCAACUGUCAAAGCACGCCCUGGACAGUAGUAGGCCGUGGAGCGAGCGCGUGUGUAAUCAUAUGUGAGGAGACUCACCAUUCCGGAACGACCGUGGUAACCGAUCGAACGUGUGUGUUGGUGUUCCCGUCGCGGAAUUAUUAUUAGUGCUCGGCCGUGUGCCGUUAAUUACCGAUAAUGAGAUAAAAGCGUCGCACCUCUUCCGUGUCAAAUCGACGAACCUGGCGACACAAGAAGAGUCCAAACUCGGAGCAGCAGCAGGUUGUCGCCGAUGACAAAUGGCCUGUUGGUCGUGGUCGUUUCCCGCGCGCACAAUGUCAUGUUUGCUGUGAAAUGUGAAUUUAUGGUGGUGCAUUCGAGAAACGUGAGCCGGUUCGUUAAUUAGCAAGCGUUGAUUUUUUGAGGUGUGUUCGAAUCGUAGCAAGCCGAUUGAUCUGGAAGAACCCACUGAUCUAGUUUAUUUGUGAAGAUUCCAAGGACUACGUGAUGAGUGCGAAAACAUGAAAACAUUUUUUCUGUGAAAAGUGAAUCGAGCAGAAUUUGUGCGACACGAUCGUGCGUGUUAAUUGGUGUAACUGUUUCUUGGUUUAGUGAGACUAACUAAGGCUUCACGGUUUGAGGCGAGCAGAAGCAGAAAAAGUGUUGUGUCAGGUGUUGUCACUUGAUCCGGCGAAUUUCGAGCGCGCGAUAGAGAAGGCCCCAGUUGACGUCGACGCCUACGCACAACAGGUUGGUUUUACGUGCGCGCGAAAGUGUGAUCCAAGCAAGCCAAAACAUUCCAAAAAGAAAAACAAUAACAAACACACCAUGAACUGUCAUUGUUGCGUGAGUUGUCCUUGUUGAGCGGGUUGGAAAUGGCAGAAGGAGCACUACCACCACCACAGCCACCACUACUGGAAACGCUAGAAAACAAUAACAACAACCACCAAAACAACAACAACAAUCAUAUCAACACCGCCGCCACCAGCAACAACAACAACAACCAUCACAGUAAGCUGUGUGGAAUGCUCGGUAUCAACAUGCCCUGUGAAGCGGCAGGCCAUGAUUUUAGUACCGUCGUCCGGAAAGAGCUAGAGUACGCCAACUCGAUUGCAUCGCACUACGGAGCCGCGGUGGCCGCCGCCGCCGGGUUGGACAAGAGUGCGGCAGCAGCAGCCGCUACUGUUCCGCUGGAACUUCAGCAACAACAGCAGCAACAUCAGCGAGGAGCCAGCAGCUUCAAGAUUGAGGACCGUGAAAGAAGUGAUAAUUGCAGCCGAUCAAACAGUCCGGUCGUGCUGGACGAGCUGAACCGGUGUGCCGCCACUACGAAGGUGGCCGCCGCCCUCCGCAGCCGGGAGAAAAUGUCCCCGCUGUCCCUGCCAACCCCGGGCGGUUCGCCGAGUUCGGCCGCGGCCGCUGCCGCUGCUGCAGCCGCCGCCUCCGCCCAACUGCACCUAAACGGAACCAUGCAAGACAUGCUGAAUCUGCAGAAGCUCCAAAGUCUCGCCCAGCUGACCAGUCUGCCCGGGUUGGGGCUGCCGACGGGGGGCAUUCCGUCGGCACUGUUGGCCAACAACUCGCCGCUGAAUCUCAGCCUCGGAGCGCAAGCUCAUUCGCCGACGGCGGUGAUGGGAGCGCUGGCGGCGGCGGCCACUCCACAGCCCUUGCCGGCGGCCGCUGCCGCCCAGAUGCCACAGUUGAUACUGGCCUCGGGGCAGAUUGUGCAGGGCAUCCAGGGAGCCCAGCUGUUGAUACCGACGUCGCAAGGAAUCGCCACCCAAACCAUCCUGACGAUUCCCGUGGGGCAACAGGUGAUUUCCAGCGCGAGCAGCAGCGACAAUUUAUUGCAGUGUUUAAAUUUUAAUACCGUCGCUGCCGCAGCCGCCGCCGCCAGUUCCAGCUCGUCCUCUUUUGGUGAUCUGGUUGUGGGUGGUGGCCAUCAGAACCACCAACAGCAUCAACAGCAGCAUCCCGCGCUCAAUCAUCACCAUUUGCCGGGGUUGAACCACUUGAACCAUCACCAUUUGAACCACCUGAACCAGCAAUCGCCAAAUGCCGCAAUCGCGAGCCAACAGCUGUUGACGAAUCCACUGGCGUUGGCCGCAGCCGCAGCCGCCAGCAGUAACCACUUGAACCACCUGAACCACCUGAAUCAGCAACAUCAGCAAAACCAGCAUCUCCAGCAACAGCAGCAGCAGCAUCACCACCAGCAACAGGCCAAACAGCAACUCCAGCAGCAUUUUGCCGACAAGGUCAAAAAUUUGUCCACGCACGAAAAAACGCCCUCGGAACGGUCCACGCCGGAGAUGCGCAUCAAGCUGGAAUCGCCCAAGGUCGCGUCACCGUCGAGGUCACACCAAUCAAGUCAGCAGCAGCAGCAACUUAAACGGAGCAGCAUGUCCCCGGCAGGGAUUGCACCGUGCUCGGGAAGUAACGGAAGCAUCACCGGGGCAAGUGGCGCCAGCAGCAAUGGCAGUGGUGGGGCGAGUAAUAGUGCAGGGGGAGGAGGAGGAGGAGGAGGGCCGUCGUCGAAUGUGGGGUUGAUACAGGUCAGAAACUUGACCAGUCCACAGCAUCAGAUGCAGCAAAUUCAGCUUCAGCAGCAGCAGCUUUCGCCCGCGGACGGGGCCAUCAGUAGGAUAACUACAUCGAACGGUGAAAUAACCGUCACGAAAUCUCAACCUCCUCAAACCCCACCACUUCACCCCUCGUGCUCGUCCUCUUCAUCUUCUUCCUCCUCAUCAUCCUCCUCGUCAUGCUCAGUACAAAAAACGCAUCCCUCCUCGUUGCACUUCAAUCCAUCCAUUUCACCCCAACAUCCCCUGCACCACCCUUCCCACCUUCACAAUCUCUCCCUCCACCCUUCAUCAAGUCGAGAUCAACAGCAACAUCAGCAACAACAACAACUCUUGGUGCCAUCAUCGUCGUCAUCGCUGACCUCGACCACGGUCACAGCAUCCGGAUCAUCCGGUUUGUCUACCGCCGGUCCGGAUCACCUGCAACAACUCCAACAUCAACAACAACACAAACCGUCCACGUCGACCACGUGUUCACCGUCCACAUCCGGCACCACUCCGGGAAUCAUCUCCCUUACGAUGGACGACGUGGAGCAGAAGAUUUCCCCUCACGCGCUGCACCCUCUACCUUCAACGUCCUCGUCUUCUUCCGCGGGGGCCUCCCUCAAAAGGCACCGGAGUCUUACGCCACCACCGAGAAAGCUUAGCCCGGGAGGGUCUUCCGUUCAUCAGUUGUCUCUCCACGAAGAGGACGGUGACGAUGAGGACGGUGGGCGGGAUUGCGACCGGGAGCGGGACUGUGACGAGGACGGACAGUCCACGGCGAAUGAGCUCGAAGAUUCUCCAAACGAACUCACCAUCAACCAGACCAACUGCAACGUCGUGGACGGCAUCGACCUGGACGACAUCAAGGAGUUCGCCAAGGCGUUCAAGCUGCGGCGCCUUUCGCUGGGCCUGACGCAAACCCAAGUAGGCCAGGCACUGUCUGUCACCGAGGGACCCGCCUACAGCCAAAGUGCCAUCUGCAGUGCCCUCGCCGCCCAGAUGUACUGCGCCGCCCAGCUUUCGUCCCAGCAGCAGCAAAUGUUUGAAAAGUUAGACAUAACCCCCAAAAGUGCACAAAAGAUCAAACCCGUGCUGGAGCGCUGGAUGAAGGAGGCUGAGGAAAGUCACUCAUCCCGCUUCAAGUCGGGCCAGAACCACCUGACGGACUUUAUCGGCGUGGAACCGUCCAAGAAGCGGAAACGACGGACGUCCUUUACGCCACAGGCGCUGGAGCUGCUGAACGGUCACUUUGAGCGCAACACGCAUCCGUCAGGCACGGAAAUUACCGGGCUAGCCCACCAGCUGGGCUACGAGCGCGAGGUGAUCCGAAUCUGGUUUUGCAACAAGCGGCAAGCGCUGAAAAAUACCGUUCGGAUGAUGUCGAAAAACUUCAAGAUGGAAAGUUCUUAAGUCAAAGUGUUUAGUCAUGUUUUUUAUUUGCGUUGAAUUCAUCGGAUACGUUGUGCCAUUUUAUUGAUUGGAUAAGUGAAAAUUUUAGGAGGAAAACAAGAGAAUUUUUGUUUUAGUUUGUUAUUAGUUUUUAUGUGCAAAUUUAUAGUAUAAAUUUCAAUAUUCAUCAUUAGUUUAAGGGCAGCAAAAAUCGUACUUUCAAUUAGUUUUGUAUUAAGUAAGAAAUGAAGCAACCAAAGUUCCUACAAAAAAACUUAAUUGUAAGGGUUAUUGUCACAGAUGAUGCUAAGAAUAAAUAAACGAGACAUUUGUAUAAACUCAAGUAGCGCGAUAGAAGCAAACUGCACUCUCUAUCUGUUUAGAGAAUGUUAAGAAAAAACAGUAUGGCUUUUCUUUACCGACUAAAGGCAACAUUUUUUCAGCAAUCGAAAAUGACUCAGUGAAGUAACGCAAUUCUCCUGGACUCGACAGGUGCCAAAAGUAGCAACUCAUUUUAUUCUUAUUACUUCAUCUGCGAAAAAGCUAAACAAAACAAAAGAAGCCGUGCCAUACGCUUUCGAAUCACUUCAAUCAGUUUAAACUCGCACUUAUCAGCUGUCGUUAGAGCGUUAAAAUGCAAUUGAAAAUCGCCAUAAAUAGUUUUACGUUAGUUGCCAUAAUUUGCAGUGCACAUAAUUAGAGCAGGAGAUUUCUAAAUAAGCUACACACAAUUUGUAAACAAAUUUAUGUAUAGAAAAAAAGAGACGAAAUAAAAUACGAAAACAAUUGGCAAAAAAAGAUCUCUUCAAUUGGCAAACGUCCCUGGUCAAAAUUUGCGAAACCCUCUCCCCCCCUUUUCAAAACAAUCGCAGCAAGCCGCGUCUCAUUGGAGCCCAAAUUCAGCAACAAACAAACAACCAAGCAAAGCAUGCUUCGAUGUAGCAAAGCAGCACGAUUAAAUGGAGCAAACAAAUGGAAUAGUUUUUAUUUUGUAUUUUUGCACCAAAAGUAAAAACAAAAAAAUGCACAGAGAAGCAGACUCAUCAGCCAACGUCAUCACCGUCGUCAUCGUAAUUGUGUGUGGGGUUAGAAGAAAGAACCAGUCCAUAUCUUUCAAUAAGCAGCAGAAGGAGAAAUCGUGUGUUUGUGUAAAUAGUUAAUAGUCAGAAAUAAUCACAAAAAAAACAUGGUGUAAAUUUGUCCCCUCUCCCCCUCUAAUCUCUUGUACUAU